CCUCCGCCGAGCCGAGCGACCGGGGCUGCGGAAGCGACUCGGGCUGCGUGGACACGGGCGCCCCGGAGCCCGCGAGGACCCUGGGGGCCCCGGGCUGGAGGAAGAGCCAAGCGCCCGGGCAGCCCGCGGGACUGGCACUCACCGGGCCCCUCGAUCCUCAGACUUUGCAACAGCAGCUGGAAGAGGAGGAGGGGGAAGCUGGGGACCGAAACGAGGGAGGGGAUGAACAGCAGGAGGCGCCCCCCGGCGCGGAGCCGGAGCCCAGGACCCGCGUGGGGGCCCCGGACCGACUGGUCCUGGACGUGCUGGGUCAGCGGCGCCCGCUCCCCGCCAAGAGACAAGUCUUCUGCUCCGUGUUCUGCGUGGAGAACGACCUGCCCGAGGUCCCCACCGCCGAGCAGCUCUCCCCGCCCGGGUUACCAUCUCGGGCUUCGCCGGUGACCAACCCUCCCAGCACCCCCUCCUCCUUCCCCAGCCCCCGGCUGUCCCUCCCAGCGGACCCCCUGUCCCCCGACGGCGGCAGCAUCGAGCUGGAGUUCUACCUGGCGCCCGAGCCCUUCUCCGUGCCCAGCCUGUUGGGAGCUCCACCCUACUCUGGCCUGGGGGGAGUAGGGGAUCCCUAUGCGCCCCUCAUGGUGCUGAUGUGCCGGGUGUGCCUGGAGGACAAGCCCAUCAAGCCCUUGCCCUGCUGCAAGAAGGCCGUGUGCGAGGAAUGCCUCAAAGUCUACCUGAGCUCCCAGGUACAACUUGGCCAAGUAGAAAUCAAAUGCCCUAUCACAGAAUGUUUUGAAUUCCUGGAGGAAACAAUGGUUAUCUAUAACUUAACGCAUGAAGACUCCAUCAAAUAUAAGUACUUCUUGGAACUUGGCCGUAUUGAUUCCAGCACCAAGCCGUGUCCUCAGUGCAAGCACUUUACAACCUUCAAGAAAAAAGGACAUAUUCCCACCCCUUCCAGAUCAGAAAACAAAUACAAAAUCCAGUGCCCCACUUGCCAAUUCGUCUGGUGUUUUAAGUGCCACUCUCCUUGGCAUGAAGGUGUUAACUGCAAGGAGUACAAAAAAGGAGACAAAUUGUUGCGUCACUGGGCCAGCGAGAUUGAACAUGGGCAGAGGAAUGCCCAGAAGUGUCCAAAGUGCAAGAUCCACAUCCAGAGAACUGAAGGAUGUGACCAUAUGACCUGUUCACAGUGUAACACUAAUUUUUGUUAUCGAUGUGGGGAGAGAUACCGCCAGCUCCGUUUCUUUGGAGACCACACAUCAAACCUCAGUAUAUUCGGAUGCAAAUAUCGCUACCUCCCAGAGAGACCUCAUCUAAGGAGAUUAGUGCGAGGGUCGGUCUGUGCUGGAAAAUUAUUCGUUGCACCUCUAAUCCUGGUCUUGGGAUUAGCACUAGGGGCCAUAGCAGUUGUAAUCGGUUUAUUUGUAUUUCCUAUCUACUGCCUUUGUAAAAAACAGAGAAAACGGUCACGGACAGAUUGCUGCUUUUAAAAAUGGUCACUUUCAUAGACUAUCAACGUCUGUUUCAUGACUCUGACCUUCCUAAUGCUUCUUGGAAGAAAAUAUUUUAAUUAAGAACCAGUUAACCUCAGAGUUAUCUGAGCAUGCCUCUCCUGAGCAUUGCUUGGGCUGUCUUUGUACCUGAACCUCCCUCCAGGCCACCUUGUGAGACUGGGUGUGAAUAGCUGAAGUCCACCUUUAUCAACAAGCAAAGCCACUUUUUCAGAAGAUAAAGGCUCAUUGUCUACACCUGUUUCCAUCUGUGGCCCAAGCAGUACAAUUCCUUUAUCCUUCAGAUGCUAUAAUUGUUAUCAAUUUCAAUGCCCGAAAGAGAACUUGUGAAACUAAAUUAAUGAGAAGAAUCGUGAGUUACUGAAGUGUGUUUGUGUAGGCGUGUGAAUGUGUGUGUAUAUACAUAUCUGUAUUAAAACUAGGUCCAGUAACCUUGUACUUGUCCAGUUCCAUGCCUCUACACUAUUUUUCCACAUUUUCUUAGACCUGUUUAAAGAAGAUCGUUCCUUUGUGGGCAUAAUUUGGUAAUAUACUGAAUUAAAGUCAAUGUAGACAACAGGCUA